AUGGCCCACAUAGACGCAGGCAAAACCACCACUGGGGAGUGUCUGCUGCUGCUGGGCCGUUUGCUGGCAGCAAAAGGGAAGGUGGACGAGGGCACUGCGGCCCUCGACUUCCUCAGACAAGAGAGAGAACGAGGCAUCACCAUCCAGGCUGCAGCCUCUCGCCUCCAGUGGCGCGACUUCACAAUUAACCUCAUUGACACCCCAGGCCACGUGGACUUCUCUGUGGAGGUUGAGCUCUCUCUUGUUGCUGCUGACGGGGUUGUGCUGCUGCUGGAUGGUACUCGAGGUGUAGAAGUCCAAACAGCAGCCAUAUGGCGUCUGCUGCAGCAGCAGCAGCAGCGCCAGCAGCAGCAGCAGCAGGCCUCGCGGCACAUACCACGGAUAUUAUUUGCCAACAAAAUGGACCGAGACGGGGCGGAUGCGGACGCAUGCCUCCGCUCCGUACGGCGUCGACUGGGGGCCUGGCCACUGCAGCUGAACGUAGCAGUGCGGCCCACUGCAGCAGCAGCAGCAGCAGCAGCAGCAAAGCCGCUGCUGCACCUCAUAGACCUCACAGACUUGAAGUGCCGCAGCUAUUUUAGCCACCCCCUUGGCAGCAGGGGGCUGCCGCUGGUGGAGGAGACGAUCCCGCCUGCUGCGCUGCAGCAGCUGCUGCACUCCCCUGCAGCAGCAACUGCAGCAGCAGCAGCAGAUGCAGCGGCAGGGCGGCUUGCUGCGUCGCUUGCUGCUGCAGAUGGGGCUGCCGCAGCAGCGGGAAAGUUCUGCUGGUGGCAGCAGCAGCUGGCGCUGCGUCGGAUUGUGGCUGCGAACUCAGCUGUCCCCAUCUUGUUUGGAUCUGCAAGAGACACUUGUGGGGUCGAGCUGCUGCUGGAUGCUGCAGCUGCGCUACUGCCGUCUCCCCUGGAGCUGCCGCUGCCGCUGCAGCGCUGCAGCAGCAGCAAAUCGUGCCUUGCUGCCUUCAGCCAGGCCAAGCAGCAGCAGCAGCAGCAGCGACAGCAGCGGCGACGCAGCCACGGGUCAGGGCUGUCAGGGCUGACAAUGCUUUCCCUGCAGCAGCAGCAGCAGCAGCAGCAAGCAAGACGGCUGGAAGCUCCUUGCGUUCUCUUCAAUUCUUCGCAGCAGCAAGUUGAACUGGUGCAGCAGCUGCUGCUGCCUGCUGCCUCUUCCUAUCUCCCAGCAGCAGCUGCUGCUGCUGGAGACGUUGUGGUGCUGCGGGGGCUGCAGCACACAAGGGCAGGGGACACUCUGCAUGCUAUUCCUGCUGCUGCUGCUGCUGAGCAGCAGCAGAAGCAGCAGCAACUGCAGAAGCCCUUCGUCUUUCAGCUUCUUUCUGGGCAAGUGAGCUGGGGGCUGAACACAGCAGCAGCAGCAGCCGCUGCCGCACCUGCUAGCAGCAGCAGCAGCAGCAGCGAGGGUGGCGGGCGUGCAGCUGUCACUGAGGCUUCUUUGCUGGCGCGGCUGGAGCAGCAGCAGCGCGAACAGCAGCAGCAGAUGGUGCCGGUUUGCUUCUGCAGCAUCGACUGCAGCAGCAACAGUGAGGAGCAGCAGCUGCAGCAGGCGCUGCAGCUGCUGCAGCUGCAAGAUCCUUCUUUGCUGCUGACUAAGGCAGAGGGCGAAGCCUUUGUCCUGUGGGGCCGCGGCCAGCUGCAGCUCGAGCUUCGGCAGCAAAACCUGGCCUCCCCGCAGCAAGAGCAGCAGCAGCAGCAGCAGGAAGAGAAGCAGCAGCAGCAGCAGCAGCAGCAGCGCCCGCCUCAGCCUGGAGCUACUGCCGCUGCCUUUGGUCUCCCCCGAGCUGCGUCUCUCAGCGCUGCUGAAGGGCGACCCGGACCCCUCAGCUGCUGCUGUUGCUGCAGCAGUGGCUCCAGCAGCAGCAGCAGCUGCUGCUGGGGUUUUCCAAUCGAAGCCGUGAGGGCGCUCAAUUGCCCAGCAGAAGCAACAACAGCAGCAACAGCAGCAGCAGCAGCAGGAGCAAACCUCUCGCUCUCUGGCCUUCACGGGCUGUCGUCUUCCUUUAUUGUCUUUGGGCCCAAAGCGCAGCAGCAGCUGCUGCAGCUUGACAGCAGCAGCAGCAGCAGCCACGGGGGCGCCAGCAGCAGCGUGGCUGUGGCCGAAGCAGUCGCAGCAGCAGCAGCAGCAGCACUAGCUGCUGGGCCUCUCCGGGCGUCGCCUCUUGAUUGGCUGUCUGUACACCUCAAUUCUAUUGACAUAGAAGGAGAGGCGGUGUCUGCUGCUGCUGCUGCUGCUGCGGCUGCUGCUCACUUGCUGAGAGGGCUGCUGCGCGAGGGCUACGUCGAAGACGAAACCGCAGCAGACGGAGAGGACUCGGACUCAGCAGCAGCAGCAGCAGCAGCAGCAGCGGCAGCAGCAGCAGCGGGAGAUAUCGUGUCUUUAGCUGAGCCCGUGAUGCAUCUGGAGCUGCUGCUGCCAGCUGCAUGCGUUGGUGCUGCAGCAACAGAUCUGACGCAGCACAGAGAGGCUCAUGUUGUCUCGAUAACAGCAGCAAACGCUGCUGCUGCUGCUGCUGCUGCAGCUGAGGCUCACGGGGUUCCUGAAGACGAGGAGCGUCUCAUGCAGCUUGAUGCGACACUGCCGCUGCGGUGUGCUGAGGGCUGCGCCUCUGCACUUCUUAAUUUGACUCGAGGCCGUGCCAGUUUGCACUUGAGGCCUUUGGGCUACGGGGAGGUCUCCGCAACUGCGCAGCAAAUUCUCCUAGCCCGCUGA